CCGUUUUGUCCCCUCCCACACACUAACGCGCUGUGUGGUUAUUGCCAGUAUAAAGUAUAUCUUCCAUCGGAGAGCGACAAGAAGCGCCAGGCUAGAGGGGAUGAAGAUGGCGGACGCCAAGCAGAAACGGAACGAACAGUUAAAGCGCUGGAUAGGCUCGGAGACGGACAUGGAGCCGCCCAUACUGAAGAAGAAGAAGACGAAGGUGAAGUUCGACGAUGGCGCCGUGUUUUUGGCCGCCUGCUCGAGCGGCGAUACGGAGGAGGUGCUGCGACUGCUCGACCGCGGCGCUGACAUCGACUACGCCAAUGUAGAUGGACUCACCGCCCUGCACCAGGCCUGCAUCGAUGAUAAUGUGGACAUGGUGACCUUCCUGGUGGAACACGGGGCCUGCAUCAACCAGCCCGACAAUGAGGGCUGGAUCCCCCUUCACGCCGCUGCCUCCUGCGGAUACCUUGACAUCGCCGAGUAUCUUAUCAGUCAAGGCGGCCAAGUCGGUGUUGUAAACAGUGAGGGAGAAACGCCAUUGGAUAUCGCAGAGGAGGAAGCCAUGGAGGAGCUUCUGAAAAACGAGAUCAACCGGCAAGGCGUGGAUAUCGAGGCGGCCAGGAAAGAGGAGGAGCGGAUCAUGCUAAGGGAUGCGCGACAGUGGCUUAACAGCGGCCAGAUCAAUGACGCCCGGCACACCAAGUCCGGAGGGACCGCACUACACGUCGCCGCAGCCAAGGGAUACUCGGAGGUUUUAAAGCUUUUAAUCCAAGCAAAGUAUGAUAUAAAUAUUAAAGACUACGAUGGCUGGACACCGCUCCACGCUGCUGCACACUGGGGCAAAGAAGAGGCCUGUCGAAUACUAGUAGAGAACAUGUGCGAAAUGGAUACCGUCAAUAAAGUGGGCCAGACAGCAUUUGAUGUUGCUGAUGAAGAUGUCUUAGGCUAUUUGGAAGAGCUCCAGAAGAAACAAAAUCUGCUUCUUAGUGAAAAGAAGGAUGUCAAGAAUUCUCCUUUAAUAGAAACUACCACCACUGGGGACAAUAAUCAAUCUGUGAAACCACUGAAGAGUAAAGAAAUGCUUCUGGAAACUGCCCCAAGAAUCGAGACUCUGGAGGGGGAGAAGGUGGAUGAAGAAGAGGGGGAAGGAAAGAAGGACGAGUCCAGCUGCUCCAGCGAAGAAGAGGAGGAGGAAGACUCCGAGUCUGAAAAUGAAGCAGACAAGACAAAGCCUUCUGUUCCCACGAGCAAUACCAACAGUACACCCGCACCCGCGCCUACUAGCAUCACUGUCACAUCUCCCACAACCCCAGCCAACCAGGUGACCACCCCCACCUCACCUACCAAAAAGGUGAGCACACCUGCGGGGAAGGUGUCUCCUAAAGAGGAGGAGAGGAAGGUGUCUCCUAAAGAGGAGGAGAGGAAGGUGUCUCCUAAAGAGGAGGAGAGAAAGGAUGAGUCUCCUUCGUCGUGGCGACUGGGCCUGCGGAAAACCGGAAGUUAUGGAGCGCUGGCGGAAAUCAGCACAACUAAAGAAGCACAGAAAGAGAAGGAUACCGCUGGGGUUAUGCGGUCUGCCUCUUCUCCUCGCCUCUCAUCCUCACUCGACAACAAGGACAAGGAAAAGGAGAAGGAAAAGACACGACUGGCAUAUGUUGCACCCAGCAUCCCACCAAAAAGACACGUCAGCACGUCAGAUAUCGAUGAGAAGGAGAACAGGGAUUCGGCUGCUACUCUGGUACGUAGCGGCUCCUACAACAGGAGACGCUGGGAAGAAGACCUGAGGAACAGCGACGGAACCUCCUCGCUAAACAGAACCUCCAGCUAUCAGCGCAGUACGUCACACACGCUAGCGUUAGGCCGCACGUCUAGCUCUCGCGACCUGCCCGCCAAAUCCUCCUCUGCCUCCAGCCUGGAACCUAACAACUCAAAGGCCUGGCAGCAGCCUUCCUCCUACCAGUCUUACAGCAUUCACCGCAGCGGCUCGUUUGGAAGAAGGCACGACGAUGCUUUAAGUUCCACUUCUACCACCACGACGACCUCCACCUCCUCUGUUACCUCACCCACAGGACACCGUAGCCUGCUGUCCAGGUAUUGGGCGGAAGAAAGUGCAGACAAGGAGAAAGAAAAGGAGAAAGAGUCAGCCACCGUUAUUCCCACAAUCAACACUGCAGCCACUACCACAUCCACUACUGGAACUAUACUGGGCUCUGAUGGACGCGAGAGACGCAGAUCAUACCUCACCCCUGUGCGUGACGAAGAGUCCGAAUCUCAGAGGAGAGCCAGAUCCAGACAGGCUCGACAAUCCAGGAGGUCUACACAGGGCGUGACCUUGACUGAUCUCCAGGAGGCAGAGAAGACCAUCGGACGCACUCGCCCCAUGCGGCCUCGAGAAGAUGAGAAGGAAGAGAAGGAGAAACAGGACAAGGAGAAACAAGAGGAGAAGAAAGAGUCGGAGACCAAGGAGGAUGACUACAGGUCACGCUACCGCAGCUUUGAGGAGAAGUACCGGAGCACCUCAGCCUCGACCAUCACGGCGGCCUCCACCCUGCCUUCCUCCUCUAGCAGCACCUCUUCCCUGUAUAGCACCUCCUCUCUGAACCGCCCCAACAGCCUGUCGGGCCUCACCUCGUCCUACAGCCGCUCCACACGCGAAACCGAGCGAGAGUCUGAUGCAAGAGAAAAGGACGAGGAGAGGGAUGGUGAAGACAAGCCACGCUCCAUACGCGACCGCAGACGACCACGAGAGAAACGACGCUCGACUGGGGUGUCCUUCUGGACCCAGGAUAGUGAUGAAAAUGAGCCAGAUCAGCCUUCGGAUUCAGAAGGGAGCACUAAAGGAGAGCCACAGAGCGACAGACUAUCCAGGAAUGAACCGCUUUCUACUAGCACUUCCUCCAUCGACCGCUACGAAUCGUUGAGUAGCCGCGUUAGAGGGGAGUUCCGUCGACCGUUCUCACGCCACGACAGAGACGACACCACCGAUUAUAAAAAGCUUUAUGAGCAGAUCUUAGGUGAAAACGAGAAACUGAAAGCUCAGUUACGUGACACAGAAUUUGAGUUGGCAGACCUCAAACUGCAGUUGGAGAAGGCCACGCAGAGGCAGGAACGCUUUGCUGACCGGUCACAGCUGGAGUUGGAGAAAAGGGAAAGAAGAGCUCUAGAAAGGAAGAUCUCUGAAAUGGAGGAGGAAUUAAAGAUGCUACCAGACUUGAAAGCUGACAACCAGAGACUAAAGGAUGAAAACGGUGCGCUGAUUCGAGUUAUUAGCAAGCUUUCGAAAUAGAACAAGACCCUCCCAUUCAACGACAGUGUCGGUAUUGCACAUCUAGAUAGAAAUACCAGACGACAGUGACCAGAAGGCUCCGUCUCCCUUGCCGUUUCUCAGUCUCUCGCUUCCCCGCGCUUCUACGCUCCACCAUUCAGUCCGCUCACCUCACGACUCCCGUGUCUGCGGCCCACACAGAACCACUGAGUUUACAGAACUAAGGAUAAAGGUCUAGACGACUGGCAUUGAAAACUACGGGCGGGGAAAGCCUCGAAAAAUAAACUAUUUAACCAAUAAGCCUUAGUUGUACAUACGUCACUCGGCUUCUCUUGGCUGUCACAGAACACCUGAUUUUAUUUGUGCCACACUUUUUUUUGUGAUCUUUUUUUGUUGUUGGUGCUCUGCUCUGCUUUAUUCUUUCUUUCUGUAUAGAUGUGUUAUGCAAUGCGCAGCGCUCUGCAGCUAUUUCCUCUUCCUGUCCUCAAUCCGCGUGGCGCUUGAAGUCCCGCCUCCGAGUCGAAGGCACUGUCUCUCAGCAGAAGACUUUCCAGCAUUCCGCAAUGUUGGCGCACGCCCCCCGUUUACCCUCCUGCCGUGCACACACACGCACCCUGCACACUUUUUUCUCUCUCUCAAGAGAGAUGACAAACCCCUGGCUUACCGUACAGGUGAACCUUGUGGAAUCGAAGCUUUCACUUAUGUGCAAUAUGCAUUUCUUUCGUAUAAAAAUGCUUUAAUAAUGAGUCCAUCACUAGUAAAUGUUCACUUCCUUUCCACUUCCAUCGCUCACCUCGAUUUCCUUCCUCCCCCUUCCUUUUUCUCUCGUUUCUUUAGGUUUGUAGUGUAGUCGUUGGUUUAUAUCUUGUACUCCACACGUUUUAGCAGGUACUUGAGUGAAGUUGUAUAUACCUGUAUGUAUUGUUUGAGACCAGCACAUGGCAUGCGUUAAUGGUUCCCUAUCUGUUACUAUUGAAAUAUACCAACUCCAGAGGACAAAAAGUGUGUUUUAACUAUUUUCUUCUUCUUUUAUAGUCUCGCGUCAUUGAAUAACAAAAGGGCCACCCUCUUGAAAGGGAAGGCCUGCACGUGUUCAGUGCAUUCUUUAUUUCGCAGUUUUAAAAGUGUUCACGGUAAUUGUGAGAUUAUAAUAUAACUGCUUCACUACACUUCACACGUUUUAUUCGGUAUCUUUUGGAAGAGUGCUGUUCAUUUCUCUCUUUAUUUUUUCCCUUUUCCGUUUUUUUUUUUUUAAGCUGUAGUAUUAGCCAAGGUGUUGUCGCUAAAAAGAAACUUCUAGAUAUCGCUAACCCAGUCCUUUUUACAAUGUCUACAUGCACUGUCAAUACCAUGUCAGGAGCCUUGCUGUCUGGUUUAGCAAAAGUUUCGCCACCACGUCAGAUGAAGUCCAUGCAUCGAAAAUAUGUUUUAUGCAUUUCAGUGGCCUUUUACUUAAAAAUACUGUAGUCGAGAAAAAAAAAUGUCGCUGUCGUUGGACUGUCAGCUGUCUCCUCUUUGGUUUAGGAUUUUAAUUUUUUUCCUUUUUAAAUUUCCCAUCAUCUUGUAAAAUAGAUGUGUGGCUUCAUCCGUGCAAGCUGUGCUGUGACUACCAACCACUGAGAGUUAAUUCAAAUAAACUUGUACAUUGUAAAAA